AUGUCCUUCCCUCAGCUGGGCUACCCGCAGUACCUGAGCGCCGCAGGGCCUGGCGCCUACGGCGGAGAGCGCCCGGGCGUCCUGGCCGCGGCCGCCGCCGCAGCCGCCGCCGCCUCGUCGGGCCGGCCGGGUGCAGGGGAGCUGGGCGCGGGCGCCGGGGCAGCGGCGGUCACCUCGGUGCUGGGCAUGUACGCGGCGGCCGGACCUUAUGCGGGAGCGCCCAACUACAGCGCCUUUCUGCCCUACGCCGCGGAUCUCAGCCUCUUCUCGCAGAUGGGCUCACAGUAUGAACUCAAGGACAACCCCGGGGUGCACCCUGCCACCUUUGCUGCCCACACGGCCCCGGCCUAUUAUCCCUACGGCCAGUUCCAGUAUGGGGAUCCCGGGCGGCCCAAGAACGCCACGCGCGAGAGCACCAGCACGCUCAAGGCCUGGCUCAACGAGCACCGCAAGAACCCCUACCCCACCAAGGGCGAGAAGAUCAUGCUGGCCAUCAUCACCAAGAUGACCCUCACGCAGGUCUCCACCUGGUUCGCCAACGCGCGCCGACGCCUCAAGAAGGAGAACAAGGUGACGUGGGGCGCACGCAGCAAGGACCAGGAGGACGGCGCCCUUUUCGGAAGUGACACGGAGGGAGACCCGGAGAAGGCCGAGGACGAUGAGGAGAUCGACCUGGAAAGCAUCGACAUCGACAAGAUCGAUGAGCACGAUGGUGACCAGAGCAACGAGGACGACGAGGACAAGGCCGAGGCCCCUCGAGGAGCGCCUCCCGUGCCCACCGCCCUCGCUCGGGACCAGGGAUCGCCGCUGGCCGCCGCGGACGCGCUCAAGACCCAAGGCUCGCCUCUGGGCUUGGCCAAGGAGGUCCCGGAGCCCGGCAGCACUCGCUUGCUGAGUCCCGGCGCAGCGACAGGCGGCCUGCAGGGCGCACCUCACAGCAAACCCAAGAUCUGGUCCCUGGCCGAGACCGCCACCAGCCCCGACGGCGCGCCCAAGGCCUCGCCGCCGCCGCCCUCCGGCCACCCUAGCGCGCAUGGCCCCCCUGCGGGCGCGCCGCUGCAGCAUCCCGCCUUCCUGCCCAGCCACGGACUGUACACCUGCCACAUCGGCAAAUUCUCCAACUGGACCAACGGGGCCUUCCUGGCGCAGGGCUCGCUGCUCAACAUGCGCUCUUUUCUGGGUGUCGGCGCGCCCCACGCUGCACCCCACGGCCCGCACCUGCCCGCGCCGCCGCCGCCGCCCGUCGCCAUAGCCUCCGGGAUGCUCCAUGGAGACAAGGCCUCCGCCCGCAGCAGCCCUGCGCUCCCAGAGAGGGACAUUGUCCCCAGGCCGGACUCGCCGCCGCCACAGCAGUUAAAGUCGCCCUUCCAGCCAGUGCGCGACAACUCGCUGGCCCCACAGGAGGGAACGCCUCGGAUCCUAGCAGCCCUCCCGUCCGCCUGA